AUGCCACCAAUGCCAAGCUGGGGAACCGAUAUUGUUGGGCCUAUAGACCCUCCUUCCUCUAAGGGUCAUAGGUUUAUACUUACUGCAACUGAUUAUUUCUCAAAGUGGGCUGAAGCCGUAUCAUUGAGAGAAGUCAAAACUAGCCAUAUGCUGCAAUUCUUGAAGGACCAUAUUGUAUACAAGUUUGGCGUUCCACGUCGAAUCAUAUUCGAUAAUGGUCCUGCUUUUAAAAGUACCAAGCUUAAUCAAUUUGUUAACAAACAUAUCAUUGAUUGGAGGUAUAGUACGAUAUACUAUCCUCGAGCUAAUGGAUUGGCUGAAGCUUUCAACAAAACAUUAGUUCAGUUGUUAAAGAAGACCUUAGAUGAGAACAAACGUCAAUGGCAUGAAAAGUUGGUAGAGGCGUUGUGGGCCUAUCGGAUCACAUAUAGAAUCCCAACACAGGCCACUCCGUUUGCUCUAGUCUAUGGAGUGGAGGCGGUUCUCCCUUUGGAGUUACAGCUCCCAUCUCUUAGAAUUGCAAUAAACAAUGAAAUUACAAGUGAACAAAAUGCCCAACUAAGGUUGGAGGAACUUGAUGGUUUAGAUGAGAAGCGUUUGCUUGCUCAAUAG